AUUUGAUUUACUUACUGUUUAAUGGCUGAGCUAAACUAGUCGUUUUUAACGUUUUAUAUAUAUAUAAAUAUAUAAUCGUCAAGAACAUAAAGUGAAUGAAACCAGGAAUUAUUAAGACGGAAUAAAGCCUCAGCCACUAUUUCCAAACAUUCAUCAAGCCGACGUAGACGAUCUUUGGUGGCAGUGUUUUCUCUGACGCGGCGAAGUGUCUGUCUGUGUGUGUCUGUGUGUCUGUGUUGGAACAAGUCUCACCGCACAUCUCCUGGAUUGAACAGCUCCGCAGCACCAAGACUGUGGAGUCCCUGAAGACAGUCCGUGACAUGGACGAUGCACCUUAGCCACGGCAAAAAGAUAGUGUACAACUUGCUACCCCCCCCCCCUUCGACUGGAUGACAGGAGAUGAGACACCGCAGUCCCAGAUCACAACAUGAGUAUCCAGAGCCUCGGGGGAGCUAUAGGAGAGUCCCUGGGCUCUAGCCUGACGGUUCGUAUGAGCAGUGCGUGGAGUGCUCUCUCCCUGAAAUCUGUGUCCCCCGGGCGGAUCGCCUCUCUGUUCCAGACCAUGGUCCCUACUGGCUACACUAAGCUGCAGGACGAGCGGCUGUCCAUGGUGGACCUAGGAGUCAAACCUGAGGCCAGCUCGCUCCAGAACGGCUACAGACAAGAGACCUCUCACAUCGAGAGCCGGCGGCACCUGGACCGGGCCUCUCGGUCCUCUGUGACCCUAUCUGACUGUGGAGAUGGAGGCUUCUCUGAAACAGAGCCCAUGCUGGCUGAGAGGAGGCUCUCAGGAGAAGAGGCAGACGAGGAGGAGGAAGAGGAGGAGAAGGCAGGACAGGGAUCUGCUAGGCAUAUAAUGCCCAAGGAGUCUCCACUGGCUAUGGCACUGCAGAUCCUGUUGCCCUUCCUUCUCGCUGGAUUUGGAACUGUAUCAGCCGGGAUGGUGCUGGAUAUUGUGCAGCACUGGGAUGCGUUCCGGUAUAUCACAGAGAUCUUCAUCCUUGUACCUGCUCUACUCGGCCUCAAGGGAAACCUGGAGAUGACUCUGGCCUCCAGGCUGUCCACAGCGGUGAAUGUUGGCAAGAUGGAUUCUCCAAUAGAGAAGUGGAAUCUAAUCAUAGGUAACCUGGCACUGAAACAGGUUCAGGCCACUGUGGUGGGUUUCCUGGCAGCUGUAGCAGCUGUGGUGCUUGGUUGGAUCCCAGAGGGGAAGUUCCAGAUGAGCCACGCUGUGCUGCUGUGCUCUAGCAGCGUGGCUACAGCCUUCAUCGCGUCCCUGCUGCAGGGUUUCAUCAUGGUGGGUGUGAUUGUGGGUUCCAAAAAGACGGGCAUCAACCCAGACAAUGUAGCCACACCUAUUGCUGCCAGUUUUGGUGAUCUCAUAACCUUGGCUAUCCUGGCCUGGAUAAGUCAGGGCCUCUACAAGUGCCUGGAUUCCUAUCCGUAUGUGUCGUCACUGGUCUGCGCCUUCUUCAUGUGUCUCACUCCUCUGUGGAUCGUCAUCUCCUCCAAGCACCCAGCCAGCCGCACCCUGCUCCACUCCGGAUGGGAGCCAGUCAUCACUGCCAUGGUCAUCAGCAGCAUUGGAGGUCUCAUCCUGGACAAAACAGUAUCUGACCCGAAUUUGGCUGGCAUCGUGGUGUACACCCCGGUCAUCAACGGUAUCGGGGGUAACCUGGUGGCAAUUCAGUCCAGCAGGAUCUCCACCCACCUGCAUUUCCACUGUGCCCCUGGGGAGGUUCCUGACGAGGCCAAGGGUUGCUACUACCCAUGCCGAACAUUUUGGGGAACAGGAGCCAAUCACAGGUCUGCCCAAGUGCUCAUUCUCUUGGUGAUUCCCGGGCACCUAAUCUUCCUCUACACGAUCCACCUGAUGAAGAGUGGCCACACGACUCUGACACCCAUCUUUAUGUCUGUCUACCUGGCUGCUGCUAUGCUGCAGGUGUUGCUGUUGUUGUGUAUUUCAGACUGGAUGGUGCACUCCAUGUGGCGGAAUGGCAAAGACCCAGACAGUUUUUCCAUCCCUUACCUGACCGCUCUUGGUGACCUGUUGGGCACUGCCCUGCUGGCGCUCAGCUUCCACUUCCUGUGGCUCAUAGGAGACCAGGACAGCGACGUGGGCGACUGAGGCAACAAGCGACAUGACAGAAACCCUACCACCUGCCAGCUGACCUCUCAUGCCUUUUAAGCCUUGUGGGAAUGUGGGUGCUCUCUUAGUCACUGGCCAGCACAUUCCUCCGCUUCCCGUAAUGGAUGAAACUUCACUUAAACCACACAAUGGUUCAGAAACUAUUUUCUGCUCCUGGCUUUUUUUUUCUACACCCUAAAGACGUUAAAUUUCAAAAGUAUAGACUGUUUUCUGUAGCAAUUCAGAUCUUUGUCAUUUGCACCAAAGCACAUGCAUAUUAUAUUGCUGGUUUUGUUUAGAGGACCAGGCGGACACCAGCUGAGGAAACCUAGUUGAUGUGUAAGUAUAAGCCAGAGGUCUUUUUCUAAAAAUAUUUGGAUGGACUACCACAGUGUCACAGAAUGUGUGGAGUUUAAGAGAAGUAGAGUCUGUUCUUAUUUAUUUGCAGAUGUUUUCUUUACAUUUUUUCCCCACAUUUCUAACCUGCCUCUGGGGACCAUCAAGUAAAAUGACUUAAUUUCAGUUUCAAUCUAGUAAAUAGUGUUUACAUGGGAACAGGCACUGAAUAAAAUACAUCUUAAAGAUAAAAUUAAAACGAGGGAAAUCUCAUUAAGUUGAAGUUCAAAAGAAUCUUUGCAGCCUGACAGCCAACAGUACACCAAACCAGAUGGCAGCCAGUUGUUGUGAAUUAGCUAAAAUUCUCCCCCAAACAAUAGUUGUCCAAUCAUAUCUUAGCAGCUGUAGUUAGGUGUCUGUGGGGUGACGUUAAAGAUGAUAUUAACAAAAGCCUUGCACAUCCUCACAGCAAAGCUGUAGUCACUCUGUGAAAGCCAGUCAUGGAAGAUUUGAUUUAAAGAUGUUUACAUUCCAUAUAGUUCUCUCUUCCCAAAAACCCUUUCUCCACAGACCGCUAUACAAGCUUCCGAACAAGGUUUACGAUAAGUACUAAGGGGAUGAGGUCUUGGUUAAUGAUCCAAGAAUGAAUCAAUAACUCAAAUGAUCAAUCAAUCAUUCAGAGACAUGUGCGUUAUGUGUGUCUUUUACAGCGUUUAUUCUUUGCAUUCUCAGCUCCCUGUCAUAUUCUGUAAAUGUUAACACACCUGUCUGACUCAUGUAAAACAUGUUCGUACACAAGUCACAUGCUAUUUAAAUGUGUGUGUAGUGUCUACAUGUGUUUACACAAGUAAUUAAGAGAUUUUAGUCAGUUGAAUCUAAUUUCUAUUUAUAACAGCUUAAUGUUAUACACAUAAGCUGAUGAAACAACACAAUUCCGACUUAUUUCAGAAUGGGGUUUAUUUCAGAAUUUGAUCUGGAUGAAGCAGCCUGAUUAUUAAAUUACUCCCUGAAGCUACAGGAGGAAUGACUUCAGUAAUCUUCUGACUUGAAUAUAAACUCUUAAAAUCAAACCACAUUCAUAUUGUGGUAAUUCAGCAGCCCACGUGUGUGUGUGUGUGAACAUGGUCAGUGGCGCUGUUUAACUCCAAUACGUGCCUCUUCAGAUUCACUGAUGGACAAAGUAUUUCUCUCUGUCUUUAUUGUAAUUUUCUUUCUAAAACAUUGUAAUACAGUGAAAUGACAAUAUGAUCCUUUUGUACUCACUUCCACUUGUAUGACAAUGACUAUCCUAUUUUUAACGGAUUUCAUUCCAUUUUAAUUUCUGGCUUGAAAGUACAUAUAUAAAUUUAAGUGUCUACAUUCUCUUGGGCAAUAGACAUUUGUUUAAAGUUGAUGUUUUUUUCCCUUGGGAAUGAAUCUUUGUUUUGUUUUGUUUUUUUUGCUCACAUGAGCCAAUGUCAAAAAUAAAUAUCCUUCAAUUGAAAA